CCCGGUUGCUUGUUGACUUACACAAACAUAAAACCAGAACUAUACUAGAGUCACAACAGGCAUCAAAUAGUCAGUUACAGCAUGAAUAUAUCAUCCACAAUUAGUUGGUGCAACGUCUGGGACAAAGGCAGCAUUAUCAAUGUGGGCCCCGAUGUGCUCGGCCUGCGCAAUGGGAACGUGAUCAAGUUUGUGCACAUGCAGACGAAGGCCGUGAGCUACUUCAAGGCGGAGACGGUGGCCACGGGACUGCACAUCAGCGUGUUUGCCGGCCACAAUCGCUUCCCGCUGUUUGCGUUUGCCGAGGUGGUGCUGCGGCCCCACAUCUACAUCUACAAGUAUCCGGAAAUGGUCAAGUUCAACACCAUCUUACCGCACCUGAUCAGCUACAAUGACAUCCGGUUCUCGGAGAACGAUCUGCUGGUGGCGGUGGGCGGCUAUCCGGACUAUCCGAUCUGCGUGUUCAACUUCCGCACCGGCACCCUGAUGCUGGAGCAUGUGACCAACGUGCCCACCUUUGCGCGGGGCCUCUGCGUGAGCAACUCCAACGUGCCGACAAUUGUGCAGUUCCACAAGCAGGAGAUGAGCAUCCUCUGCUACGAGAUCUGCUCCAUCGAGAAGGAGUCCAAGCUGCACCAGAUCUCCUACGUGGAUGUGGGCAAGGACUAUCUCAAGUCCUGGGAGAACUUCAUGUGUUUCGGCGACGACAAUAACCUGUACGUGGUGAACGACUACGGGGAGCUCUUCCAGGUGGACAUUGCCUGCUUCCUGCUCAAGAGCCAGUGGAAGCCCGUCUAUCUACGCGAGGAUCUGGAGCACUCGGCUGCCCGACCCCACGCUCUCACCCUGCAUCGCAUGGGGCUGCUCAUCUCGAACAGUACGCACGCCUUCUACCUUAAGAAAAAGGCCGGAGGCUACUCGGCCGAGUGGCUCAUUGAUCAGCAGCAGCUGCAGGACGUCAAUAGGUUCGUGAGCAAUCAGAACGGGGAGAUCUAUGCCGAGCAGCGGCUGGGCAGCAUCGCUCAGGUGACGGUCGAGGGCAAUGCAGCCUCGCUGCUGGACGUUGUCCCCACCGGCCGUCCUGUGAUCACAUUCCGAGUGAUUACAGGCAUCAAGGAGGAGUGUGUGGCCGUCCUGCACAGCGACAGAGUGGCCAUGAUGGACCUGGCCAAGGGGACCACCCUGUGCGAGGUGCCAGUGGCCAAUGCCUGCGCCAUGCAUUCACACCGCAGCAUGGCCAUUGCCAUUGUGGGCACCGAGGACGGGCGCCUCUGCAUGAUCCACUUCGAGAAGGCCUCCGUUGGGAAUGUCACCUUCGAGCUGGAGACCAACACUCUGGCGGUGAUUGCCCUGGACUUUCACGACAAUUGGCUGGUGUUCCAGGACCAAGUCAGGGGCCUGCACAUCGUCCAGCUGGAGUACAGGCCGCACAAGAUGACGCUCUACCUGAAUGUGAGCGAGCACCUCAAGCAGGUGUUUGUCCACAGUUUCCUGCUGGUCGAAGGACCCCGCCUGAUUGUGGCCAUCCAUCGGGAUGCUAGUAUAAAGCUGCCCGGCUGCGCCACCGAGCUGUGGAUCUUCAACUGGGGCAAGGACAAGCGACUCCAUCGGCGGGAGUAUACGCUGCCCAAUCAGUAUGUUUCGUUCUGUGUGCAGCCGCCGAUGGGCCGCUGGACGCAGAUCGAGAUCAUUGCGGUGGCCUUCAAUUCGCCCAACUUUGAUCAGUUCGUGCUGAACGAACGGCAGGAGAUACAGUGGCUCUCGUCCGUGCAGACGCCCCACUUUGGCUACAUACUGGGCAUCAUGAUGACCAAGCAUCUGCUCACCUGGAGCGUGGGCGGCAUUGUGGUCCAUUUCCGGCAGCACAAGCGGGCGCGAAAGCCCUUUAUGGUCUGCCGCUUCCUCAAUCUGGCGUUUGUGCCGGAGAAUCUGCUGCGGGCACGCGAAUGCUUCAAUUCCAAAUACCUGAUCAUCUUGCUGUCAACGCAGAAUCUGCGCGUGAUGCGUCUGCCGUCGCUGUCGGACUUUGUGCGGGAGAAUGUGGAGCGGCAGCUGCCCAACGAGGACUACAAUCUGCUGGAGCAGAUCAACUACAAGGUGAGUCCGUUCGUGCCCAUCACCGUGAAGAAGGAGGCGAAGGAGGAGUACACCAAGGCGGACCUGUUCAAGCGCGACAAGGUAUUCAGUAUGAUCGGAGAGUUUGCCGCCAAGGUCACGGCCCUCAUUGACUACGACAUUUCGGUGACGGGCAAAACCAAUGGCAUCUUCAAGAAGUUCUGCUUCAACUACAAAUGGCUGGACAGCCUUACGGCCGAGGCCCACAAGUUGUGCACCCUGGAGCGGGCCUCGCUGGAGCGGGCCAUCGAGGAUCAGUCGCGCAUCCGAGACUGGAUCAUGCGGCAGGUGACACGCGAGGCCGUCAGCAUCAACUACAAGGUGCGAUCCAUCUUUGCGGACGCCAAUUUCGAGAGCUUUUCGAUGCGCCGCAAGCCGGAUAUGGUGGAGUUCGACAAGUAUCGGUUCUACGACCUGGAAGAUCACAUCCGCAUGUCCAUGGGCUCCAUGGAGGAUAUGGAGGAGUUCAUCCAGCAGCAGCAGCAGCAGCAGCAGCAGCAGCAGAGAAAGUCGCCAGCCAUCAAGGGCCCCCAUGCGGACGAAACAGAGCUGGAGGGGGAGGAGGAGGAGGAGGCAGAGGAGCACAAGGGGCUGCAGGAGUUGAAGCCCUUUGUGGUGGAGGGCCCCAGUGUCUACGAGCACAUGAUGGCCCCCGUUUUCCAGCUGCAGGACAAGAAUCUCGUCACCUCGAAUCAGCUGUACAACGAGACGUGCAAGUUCCGCUACUAUCUGAACGAUCCGCUCAAGCAGGAGUUCAACAAGCUCUUCCACGAGGCCCAGCAGCUCAAGCAGGACACCAUCGACAGCGUCCUGGGCACCAACAAGGUGCUCUACAAGAUCUACGAUAACAUGAACAUAAUGCUGCGCCUCCUCCACAUGGACCAGUUCGAGCCGCCGGAUCUGACGGUGCCUGCUCUGGCCAAGGACGAGGUCAUUAAGCGCAUCAUGGAGGUGGAUGACUCGGAGAUCAAGGCCAUCAAUCGGCGGAGGCGCAAGACCAUCGAUACGGGCGGCAAGAAGGGGCGGCUGCUGCUCUGGUCGGUGGAGUUCUGGGCCCGCGCCCUGAUCGUCAUGAUGGACGGGGUGCUGGAGAAGCUGUGGGAGGAGGAGAUCAAGAAGGACAUACCCAUACCGGAGUUCAUGCUGAAGAAGCAGCCGCACGAGUACAGCCUCGAGGACCAGAAGAUCUUUCGCGCCUACGAGGAGGCGGUGCGCCAGCUGGAGGCGGAUCGUCGCAAGUAUCUGCGCAUCCUCACGGAGAACGAGGCCAAGACCCAGGAUCUGAAGGGCAAGCACAUACUGAAGCUCAAUCAGCGGGUGGCCGAACUGAUGAUCCUCAAGCUGAAGUACGACUUUGCCCUCAAACAGAGCCGCGUGCGCCUGCUCACCCUCGAGACGAUCAACUUCACACGCGUGCACAUCCGCAAGCGCAUUGGGAUGUUCCGCAAGGACUUCGAAAAGCUCAACGAGUACAUCAGUCGCUAUGGGGCUCUGUUGGAGUUCUGGGAGCGUGGCUUGGCCGAUGCCAAGACCCGACUGGAGGCCCAGCAGACCAGAGAUCGCGCCAUUGAGCGCUACUUCCGCAGCACGUUCCUGAACACGGUGCCCCAUGCCCAGCACGAGAUGACGAAGCUCUUCAAGAAGCGACCCAAGCUGCCGGGCAAGGUCUUCAAUUCGGUUCUGAUCUGCAUGGAGACGUCGCACAAGCUCAGCGGCAAGCAGAGCCAGCGCAAUGCCUUCCCCCUGCCCAAGGAGAUCCAGGAGUUCUUGGCCUACGUUGCGGAGAUCGAAGCGCCCAAGAACUGUCCGCCCCAGGUGGAUGCCAAGAGCUGGGAGUCGUUCAUCAAGCUGCGGCGCCAGAAGAUGGAGAGUGAAGUGCGCCUCAAGGCGGUCGGCUAUCAGCUGGCGGAUGGCCAGGGCUAUCUGGCGAGCAUAGCCAAGGAUUUGACGGCCCUCAAAGACUCGAAGAAUGUGACCCAGAAGAGCUCCGAGGAGAGUGUCCAGAAAUAUCUGGAAGUAAUGCGGAACAUGAACCUGCAACUGACCCUCACGCUGGGCCAAGUGGAGGUGUCGGUGAUGGGUAAUGCCGAGGCCCUAACCAACACUGUGCUGAUGCAUGUGGAUGACAUCAAUGAAGUGAAUCGUCUGAUACAGGAUGCUGGCAACAAGAAGAUCAAGGCCAUGCAGCGUGUGGCCGUAUUCCGGCGUCAGGUGAUCUUCAAGGAGUGGGAGCACAAGCUGUACAAAGCGAACAUUGCCUACCUCAAGUACAUGCUGGAUGCCAUCGAGAAGUGCAAGGUGUCCAUGGAGUUCCUCAACAUUCUGCGCAACUGGGAGAAGGUGAAGGCCGAGCGACAGAAGUACAUGGCCGCCGGGGCCAUAGAGCGUGUGGUUGAGCAAAAGAUAGCCGCCUUCAAGAAGCACAUCGAGCGCAUCAAUCUCAAAAUUGACAUUGUAAAGGCCAACACGCUGGAGAUUAAGCGUAAAAGUCAUGCAAUCAAUUUCCAAAUUGAACGGAUCAAGGUGGACGUCACAUUCCAGAACACUCUGCGCGACACCAUGAUGGAGGAGAAACGCGAUCGCGAGCAGCGCGAACGAAUGUCUCAGAUUAAGACCCAUCGACAGCUCAUGGAUAAUGUGCGCCGUCACUAUGCCCAUGUGCUGGAGCUGCAAACGAUACUGGAGCUGCUGCGCCUGCGCACCUAUCCGACCCUGGGCCCACCCCUGCCCCAGUGCCAUCCACCCGUGCCCGAGCACAUACUCAGCUCGGUUCCUCCAUAGAGCUGUUCCACAGUUCGCCGAACUUUAACCCUUCGCCCUGCUGCUGGCCGAAAGUUUUCGCAGCACUUCCCCGAAUUACAAUUAAAUGUUUUCAUUACGCCAAAUGAAAA